AUGGGGCGUCGCAAAAUCGAGAUUGAGAUGGUGAAAGAUCCCAACACGAGACAAGUCACCUUCUCAAAGCGUCGAACGGGCUUAUUCAAAAAAGCAAAUGAGUUGUCUAUUCUGUGUGGAGCAGAAGUCGCCAUUGUUGUGUUUUCUCCAGGUAACAAACCCUAUUCUUUUGGUCAUCCAGGAGUUGAUGUUGUUGCAGCCAAUUAUCUCCAACAAGAGAAUCGAUCAAGUGAUUCUCAAGGAAGCUCCUCUAAUGCUCCCAACAUGGAAAACUUGAAUCAAGAACUUGCUGAGGUGUUGGCCCAAAUUCAGGAAGCUGAAAAAGAAGCUGAGAUCCAUGAUCAGAUCUUGAAGAAAAACGACGUGAAAAAAAACUCCGAGCUUACUGAACUGAGAGAUUCUUACAAACAACUUCAAGAUAUGGUAAAAUUGCGUUUAAGUGAUAUUGAAAUAUCUGAAUAUAUGAUGCUUCUUGCUCAAGAUCCUGUGGUAGGAGUAAAAGCGAAACCGGCGAAAAAGAAAAGAAGAAGAAAUUAA